AUGAUUGUCGACGAAUAUCUGGGCUGGUCCGAGAAUUAUCAUAAGCGUGAAGAAGAUAGUUUGGAAGUCUUGGACAAGCCUUAUGAGCAGGAUGAGACGACCCGCCUCAGACUGCAGCACCAGGCCCUACUUGAUUUGGAACAGGAUGAAUGGUCGAAAUCCUUGGUGGCGAUCCUGCUCAGCUUUGGUGCAGCAGAGACCAAGCAGUUUUUUGAGCUCUUGAACGAGUAUUUCUUGCAAAGCAAGCACCGGUUACAAAUAGUUUAUCUGCUGAGCGAAUUUUUGCUGCGAAAGUACGAUAACUCGACGACACUGAUUGCAAUGUCAGUGACCAACUUAAUCAUGUUAUUGCCACGGAUAUGCACGUCAUUACCCCCGCAUUUGCCUCAGCUUUUCUACAUCUUUGCACGUGCUCUUUGUUGGGAUCAGCUGCGCGAUAUACGUCAAAAGCAAAGCAUCAUACCGCCUUCUGCAUCAUCAUCUCAGGACGAUGACGGCGAUGAUAGUUCAGCAACACCCACAGAGAAAAGUCGAAAGGCAGCUGACGGAUGGGAUUGUGCAGGUAAUAACGAUUUCCAUAUGCCUGAAGAAUUCGAUGAAGAGACGUUCAGGUCUCGCACUUUGACCCAAGUAUCACGACAUAUGCUCCAUCCCAACCUUGUUACCAUGGAUAUCGCAACCGAGUUGACAGAUAGAUCACGCUGGAUGAAGAUGGAGCCUCCUGAUGUGAUUGCUCAAAUCAUGAGUUUGGACCUGACAAACGCUGCUUCUCGAGUGGCAUUUAGCUCUGACAACAAGCAACAUCGGAGCGGUCACCAACCUGAUCUUUUGGACGAGGAAAUAUGGGCACAUACUGGGCAGGUCCCGCGCCCAUCAUCCUCGCCAUCUACCGCAUUCACCGCGGAGGAGCAACAUCACCAACAACAGCGACAAGAUACCACUACCACUCCCGGUACAUUUGCAGCUGUCAACAGUAUUCUUGAUAUGCAUCGCGCACUAAAAGGCGGUGCUGAAGUUUUAAUCGGUGAAGAUGUUUGGGUUACGACAUCCAUUGCGCACGCCUCACAUCUACCAGAUACCACUGCAAGUCCGACUCCCUCGCUCGCCAUGUCCCCUGAAACAAAAUUGCUUAUCGCUGCUCUCAAGCGUGAAGUCCUGUUGCUUCGCAACGAACUGAACUUUGAAUUGUUUGUCAAGCAGCAGCAUCUCCAGCAUAUGGGCCGUUUGCAUCGAGAGCAUGUCGUCGAUAGCUCUGUGGAAGCUGAACGACAGCGAACGUACAAUACAACCCGUAUGCUGCGCGCUCAACUCAAGGAUGCUACAAAUGCCUUAACGAAACUGAAAGCCGAAUCUGCGUUAACAAAGCAAAAGCAUAUCAAAUGGGAGGAUGAGCAACAAGGCAAAUUGCGCAGUUAUCGAGAGGCACGCAAGAAAUGGCAAGCGGAUAUGGAAGAGGCAAAGCAAAAGUUGGCAGAACAAGAGCGAACGGCUGCGGAACAACAUGCUCAACUGCUAGAAGCACAGCGGCGCGUGUUUGAAGUGGAAAGCGAGCUCAGAACUCGACAGCCUUUUUUGGAAAAAGCAGCUGAAAACGAACACCGCGUCAUGCAGCUCACAAAGCAAAUGCUUCUUUGGGAAGAGGAUUCUGCCCACUUGGAAGAGCAUAAAGGAUAUAUCAAGGGAUUGCUAUCGCAAUGGUGGAGCAUGGAAGAACUGGUCGGUAGUUUGCAGGCAGAGAACCAGCGUCUAUCAAAAGUGCAAAGGUAA